CGGCAUUCCAAGGCUUUUCUUGCCCGGGCUCCACGACUGACACCUCGAGGCCGGCAGAUGGGCGGCAAGCACAUGUCAAGAAAAGCCCAGGCGUGGUCGGGGCCAAUUGACUUUGCGCUGUUUGACGCGUGCUUUUCCGCCUCCUGACGACGACACUUUGCAAGCCCUGUGGUGAACGCUCACGGAUGCCAGACGGCUGUCUGGAUCUCAUUGAGUCUGCCUGCCUCCCUCAGCCGGGUUCUCAAGCAUCGACCAGCUCUACCAAAAGACCCCCACGCCAGAGGAUGCGCUUGUGUUGGGCAAGCACACCACCCACGGCCUCUCAACCACCACCGCCACAAUGAGCCUCAUCCAUCGGCUGCAGCUUGGCCGAUCCAGAAACGUGUCGGCCGUGGCCUACCAGCCACGGCUCUUCUCCAGGACUCGCCUUGCGCCCAUCUCAAGCCGAGUAGCACGACACCACCCACGUACUGUAUCAGCGUCUGCUGCGCGGCCCCUUCGCGGCUUCUUCAACUCGGCUGGACGACAGGACACCGACGGCGCAAAGUCUGCCGACGAACUCCGCCAGGCCCGGCUGCUCCGCCAAGAACACAAGAAACGGCAGAAUCAGCUGCAGAACGAGCAGCAGGAGAACGAUCGCGAGGUCAGCGGCGGCAAGGAGCCCGCCUGGUCGUCCUUCACGCGCCGCUUCGAGAGCUUCUCAGAUGUCACGGACAUCGAGUGGAAGGUCCUCUCCGACCGCAUCGUCGACCUGAUCCUGCCAGAGUGGUCCAAGAACAUCCCCAUGCAGAUCAGGAAGCUGCAGCGGGAACUCUCCUUGGCACCAGGGUCUCUGGCUGACAUCAUAUGGCACGACGCCCACGACCCCUUUAGCAACCCAGAGAUUCGCUAUUCCGCCUCUGUGCGAGUAUCGGAUGAGCUUUGCGACGAGGAGAAGGAGUUUCUGGCUCGUCGGAAGCGGAUCGCACGUGCGGCUCUAGCUCGGUACCUGGGCAUUGAUGAGAUUGACAUCCACCCGGAUGACGUCCCUACGAUCGCCAUGUGUGGCUCUGGCGGGGGCCUGCGGGCUCUGGUGGCCGGUGCGGGCUCUCUUCUUGCAACGCAGCAGGACGGGUUGUUUGACUGCGUCACCUACACGUCAGGCGUGAGCGGGUCGUGCUGGCUGCAGACGCUGUACAACUCCUCCAUUGCCCAGGGCCGCUUCGAUCUCCUCCUUAAUCAUCUCAAAGCACGUCUUGGAGUACACAUCGCGUAUCCCCCAGUGGCAUUCGAGUCCGUUAUCACCUCGCCGACAAACCAGCUUCUCCUCUGCAGCCUGGUGGAAAAGCUGAGAGGUGACCAGAAUGCCGACUUCGGCCUCGUGGACAUAUACGGUAUCCUAUUGGCGGGGAGACUGCUUGUACCCAAAGGCGAGCUAGGAAUCAAUGCCAAAGAUUUCAAAUUAUCGAAUCAACGCGACUACAUCAAGUAUGGCCAGAACCCCAUGCCAAUCUACACGGCGGUUCGCCAUGAAAUACCGAAUGUCGGCACAGACGCGCCCGUCUCCGAGGCCGACAAAGAAAAGGCCAAGCAGGAAGCGUGGUUCCAGUGGUUUGAGAUGACGCCAUACGAGUUCUUCUGCGAGGAGUUCAAUGCUGGCAUCCCGACCUGGGCCAUUGGCAGGCGUUUCGAUGGCGGAGAGGACGUACCGUCAGACAGUGGCCUGCAUAUGCCCGAGGUCAGGGUGCCGUUUUUGAUGGGGAUUUGGGGAAGUGCCUUCUGCGCGACGUUGAGCCACUACUAUCGGGAGGUUCGGCCUCUGGUGAAGAGCCUCACGGGCUUCGGGGCCAUUGACGGCAUGAUCAGCACGCAUAGCGAGGACCUCGAAAAGGUCCAUCCGUUCGAGCCGGCGACCAUCCCCAACUUUGUAUACAACAUGGACGAGAAGCUCCGGUUCACCACUCCAACGCAGAUCCACGAGCAAGAGUACAUCCAACUUAUGGACGCUGGCAUGUCCAACAACUUGCCAAUCUAUCCUCUUCUCAGACCGGGCCGGGAUAUCGACAUUGUCAUCGCCUUCGAUGCUUCUGCGGACGUCAAGACCGACAACUGGCUUUCGGUUGCCGAUGGUUACGCACGUCAGCGUGGCAUAAAGGGGUGGCCAGUCGGCGUAGGGUGGCCUAAAGCCUCGGACUCUCCAAAAGAGGUUGAAGAGCAACUCGAAGCUGCUGAGGCACACUCUGCUGCCGAAGCAGACGCAAAACUGUCCCGUGCCCAAGGCGCCGAUCUCGAGGACGACAAGUCGCAGAACACGGUCAAUAACCCGACCGCCGAACCAUCACCUGAAGCCGAGCAAGCCAUCUCCCACCCGGAGGUCUCCGACCUAGGAUACUGCACGAUCUGGAUCGGCGACGUCGAGGAGCGCUCAUCUGAGCCCCCGCCGCCUUCCAAGGCUCUCGGUGCAUCCUUUGCCAACGACGAAGAAGCAUGGCAGACCGUCGUUCACCCCAAAUCAGGCCUGGCCGUCGUGUACCUGCCGUUCUUGACGAACCCCAAGGUCGAGGGCGUCAACCCGACCAAGAGCGACUACAUGAGCACAUGGAACUUUGUAUACACGCCCGAGCAGAUCGACAAGGUCGUCGCCCUGGCGCAGGCCAACUACGACGAGGGCAAGGAGCAGAUCCGGGGCUGCGUGCGCGCCAUCUACGAGCGCAAGAAGAAGAACCGCGAGACCCAGGAACAUGCUCUCCGCAGGGCCAGAGACCGCAGACUUACGCGCCUCGGUAUUGUGGGCAAACUCGGCGAGGGCGAUCACUUCAGCUGAAGGUGCAGGUGCAGAUGACAUGCCCGAAAUGUGCGGCCAUCAUGGAUGAGCACAAUCGCGGGUCCUACUUCUUGUUCUUCUUCCAAACGCGUGGAUUUUGGUGUUUGUGGAACGUAUGAUGUUUCUUGAGGUGUACAUAUGUUCGAUUCAUCUUGGUUUCCCGGUCCAGCGAUACCCUGCAAAUACGAUUAAGUUUAGACCAACAAUAACACGAAUACAUUUUCAGAUGAGCCAAAA